AUGGCUUUCGAUAUUAAUAAAAAUCAUAAUCAUCAUUUUUGUUUAAGUCGAAAACGUUGUUUUUUAAUACUCUUAUUAUGUAAUUCUAUUAUUGCUUAUAUUUAUUACAUACAUGGACAAAAUCAAUCUAAAAAAACAGAAAAUAAUGCAAUAAAUCCACAAAACAUGCAUGUCAAUGUUAAACAAAAGCAAUAUCCAAUCGAAGCUAAUCAAGCAAUUAAUUUUAUUCGAAGUACACUAGAAAAUGAAUACGAUCAUGAUGAUUUAAUAUCGUUUUACAAUUUUGUUCAACAAGAAUUUUCACUAGGUUUACGAUGUGCAAGAAAAACAAAAAAAAUUGAAACAACAACUCAAUACAAUUAUACUAUUUAUGAACAAAUCAAUGAUAAUAUUACUACAACUAGAUCAUUAUCAACAACAGUAACUCCACAAAUGAAUCAUUCGCGUAUUUCUUUAUCUCGUCGUAAUCAACAUAGAACUCUUCAUUCAUUUACAAUAGAUAAUUCUGAUGCAUGUUCAAGUGAAUCAAUUGAUUUAGUUAUAAUAAUUAUAUCUAAAUCAGAUAAUUAUAAAACUCGUGAUGCUAUUCGUCGAACAUGGGGAUCAGGUGAAAAUCUUGGUAAUUAUUCAUCAAUAAAUAUGAAAAUAUUUUUUCUUAUUGAUUUUGAUGAAAAAUUAAGUUCAAAUAUUCGUCUUGAAAAUAACUUAUUUCAUGAUAUAAUACAAGUUGAAUUACCACCACAAUAUACAUUAGUUACAUAUCGUGUUUUAUCUAUAUUUGAAUGGUCAUUUCGUUAUUGUCGUCAAGCAAAAUUUGUAUUUAAAACUGAUGAUGAUAUAUUUAUUAAUCUAAUUUUACUUUUAAAAUUUAUUUCACCAUUUUAUCAACAAACUACAAAUAAUUCAUUUCGUAUAUCAGACAUGAAUAUAUAUGGUUAUAAACAUUAUCAUCCAGGAGUUUUUCGUCAAGCAAAUGAUCCUGUUGGAGCUCGUUAUGUUGUUACUUUAGAUGAAUUUCCAUGUACACAUUAUCCUGACUUUUUAUCCGGUUUUGGUUAUUUAAUACCAAAAAAAGCACGAGAUGCUCUAGUCUAUGCAUCUUAUCAAGAUCCAAAUAGACCAUUUAGAAUCUCCGAUGUUUAUUUAACAGGUAUUUUACCAGAUUAUUUAUCUCUUCGACGUCAACCGAUGUCUGAUUAUAAUAUUCGUUAUCAAGGUAGUUGUGAAAAAUUCUUUGAAAAUCCAAAAUCAUUUGCUUGCGCUGCUGGUUUACAUCAUGGCGAUACAAGUGAUGUUUUUGCUAUAUUUAAUCGUUAUUGGCAAUAUGUAAAAAAGUCCCUUUAG